ACGCGCGCGCCAAAAGCAGAAGUGGAGAUUGAGGAGGGGUUCGAGUGACGCACUUGGCUAUGGCUCAGGGCUCUGACAGCAACGACGCAUCUUUCACCAGGUCCCCGUCUCCGAGCAGCAGGCAGGACUCCUCGGAUGAUGUGAAGAAAGUGAUGAGGAGGGAGAAGAACCGCAUCGCUGCCCAGAAGAGUCGGAUGAGGCAGACACAGAAGGCCGACAGUUUGCACCUGGAGAGUGAGAACCUUGAAAAGGAGAAUGCUGCCCUGAGGAAAGAGGUGAAGCAGCUGACAGAAGAGGCAAAGUACUUAUCAUCUGUGCUGAGCAGCCACGAGCCUCUGUGCUCUGUGCUGGGUUCUCAGUCCACUGACGUCCUCUACUCUCCACACCAUGGUGCCUUCCACCAGCCACACGUCACCUCGCGCUACCAGCACUGACCACCGGGGGAACUGCUACUGUCAUGGAGUGUUGUGAAGAUGGUCCAUCUCCUCAAGGCCAUAUGGGAUUUUGAAACACAGGAAGGUGGUCUUACAAGUGUGCAUAUUUGACAGAAGCAAACAGCCAUUACUGGUUGCCAUGCGAUUUCAUGUGGGCCAAGUCCUAGAGCUGACAUAUGGUCAGAUAUAGUGUUUUAAAGGGUAAGACAAUCCAUGACUUGACUGUUACACAAACAAACACAACCAUUCUCAAUGUCAUAUCAUUAAAGAUGAUACACAUUAAAUCAACAUAGCCUUGUGGGAUAAGUAUGAUUUUGAAUGUGUAUAGUGUAUGCCCAUUUCAGUUUGUGGCAAAAGGAUCAAUUUGUGGCACAGAACGACUACUUUACUGUAACAGGGUUUGUAUGUAAAAAACAAAAAUG